AUGGCUCGCACCAAGCAAACAGCGAGGCGCACUUAUAAACCAUUCAUCACAUGGACGCGGUUUCAACUACCUCGGGAGCAGGAAUGGCCGACGUGGACCGUGGACCAUGAUGACGUCCAUGCUGGCCCCCUGACAGAUGUGGAAGGUUGCAGGAUACUCUCACUGGGAAGAAUGGUCGACAACCCCGAGCAGGCAGCCUACAUUAUUCGAUGGCGCACACUAGAUGACUUCCUAAAAUUCCAAUCCUCCCCCGCCUGCACCGCAUUCCUAGAUAACCUCCCCUCGCACGCCAACAACAACAACAACAACAACAACCCCGAACCCACAGACCCCAGCUCCGCACUCAGCCACCUCACCCUCGACGACACCUCCCCCCUCUCACCACCACCCCCCUCCCGCUUCCAGAUCCUCCAACACGCCACCGAAGCCGCCACCCCCGAAGCCUCCGGCCUCGUCACGCUCACCACCUUCCUCGUGCCCCACCACAUCGACGACAAGGACAAAUACGCCCUCUGGCAGGACCAGCUCAGCGCGCUCGACACCUUCUGCCCGCCCGGCGCCGAGCGCCUCAUCACCACGCGCUAUUUCUGGCAGAAGGGCACGCACGUGUGGUACUGGCUGGUGGGCGAGGACGGGUGGGUGUGGGAGAGGUUUGGGCGGCCGGCGGAUAGCCAGGAUGGGGGCCAGGGUGCGGGGCGGGCGGUUUUUUGUCAUUUCUUUCUGUGGUCGCCGCAUCAUGGGGGGCCGGAGGAGUAUGAGGCGGCGGUGGAGACGGAGAGGGUGGUGGCGGUUGAUCCCAAGGCGAGGGAGGCGUGGGCGAGGGCGCUGGAGAGGGUGGUGCCGCCGGCUACGGCGUGGGUGCAGGAGCGGUGGGAUGUGAGGGAGGUGCCGCGGUUUUUUCCGCCCGAGCCGGAGUUUGAUCCCGAGGAUCCGGAGUAUAAGAGGGAGUUGGGGGAGCGGAUGGAGGAGUUUUUGGAGUCUCGUGGUUUUAAAGGCGGUGAGAGGUCGCAAUGA